AUGGAUUUAUUCUGAUAUAUCGGUUGCUAUUCCAUGCAUUCCAGAUUGCAUAGUCUUUAGACGGCAUAAGUGUAAUUACCUUUGCGUAAAUGUUUUGUGGCAACACCAAAACAUUAGCUGACAUUUUUUCACCUCACUCAAUUUGUUGCUGUCAAAUAUUGGUUCGCCGGGCGAGUGUUUGAUAAAAUUUAUGUGUUUUUAUAUAUUUUAGAUUUGCAUAUUGUAAUGCGAGAAUUUGUAAAUACACGUUUUAAACCAGAAAUACAGUGUUGAAAUAUUUCGCCAUAUAUAAUCAUACUUUGUUUUGGUUACUGAAUAUCAAAGAUAAAAUUUGUCGAGGCACGCGAAAUACGCGGCCCUGAAUUUGCAUAUAUGUACGAAACUACUGAAAACAUGGAUUUAACAUCUCAAAUGCAAGAUUUGUCUAAAGAGAUGAUGGAGAUGCGAGCCGACAUACAACAAAUAAAAGGUUUUAUGGAGCGGCAGAAUGAGGUAAUAGAUGAGUUAAUGAAAGGACAUCAGGAAAUGAUGAAACGAUUGGUGAAACAAGAAGAAGAGGCGGAAGAAGAAAAGAACAUCCAAAGACCUGUUUUUCCACUAAUGACGCAGGAAGAUUUAGACAAUGCCGAAGCUUUUAUUGGAAUGGACGAACGAAAGAAAGAAGAAAUGACACGAUUUCUUAAGCCAUUAUUGAUGCCGAUUGGUCUCAAGCAAAAGCUUGUGUACGUGCUAUCUGAAGAGAUUAUUUUGAGUUAUAACCUCGAGGGUACCCAUGGCAAAAAGCGCAUGCUGCUUUACCCAAAACUUUUAAGUGUGUUAUACAGCGCCACUGAUCGACCCGGCUGGUCCUAUAAAUUGUUUUUAGAUGAUUUGCGCCGAGGUUUUCAAUUUGGCAAGAAAAAACAUUUUAGAAAAAAGUGCGCAUCAAACAAAUUGAAUAAAACGACAAGAAAUCCACUGUCGAGCGGUCCUGAGGACGACAACAUGGAUUCAGACUACUAGAACCAGUUGACUUGUAUUUGUAGGUUUAGAUAUAAGCUUAGUUUAAGUUUGUACUUAAGUAAAAAA